GCGGUCCUACGGCAACAAUUUAGGAAAAACAAAGGGCGUUAUUACCGAGCCCUUCCAUCGCCCUUAGAUUAAAAAUAACUCCUGGAGAAUUUUAGAAGCUAUCCGAAUGUUCGCAGUGCCGGAGCUAAAGAAAAGGGAAUGAGAGACAUAGUCAAAACAGAUGAUUUCAAGUAACAGUGGGAAUAUUUUAAAGUGAUAGUCAAAAGACAAGGAAGAAACACGUGUUGGAAUAAGGAAACAUUUCCAGAAGCACGUCGUGGUCCUGCCCUACGUGUGCACGAUAGGCUACUCCUAGUGGCGCGUGGCAAGUGCCUGCGUGUGGUAGCGGUGGUGUUACCUGCACUGGUGCUGCCUUUUUACACUAUACCGAGGAGACUCUCGCCUUCUUACGGUGUGCUGGGGAUUUUGCUGCUAUUAUGACGGAUUUUAAGCUUGGAAUCGUGCGGCUUGGCCGGGUCGCAGGAAAGACAAAAUAUACAUUAAUAGAUGAGCAGGACAUUCCUCUUGUGGAACACUACUCAUUUGAGGCUCGAAUGGAGGUGGAUGCAGAUGGCAAUGGCGCUCGGAUAUUUGCUUAUGCAUUUGACAAAAACAAAGGGAGAAGCUCUGGACGACCAUUGCAUGAGCUACUUUGGGAAAGACAUCAAGGUGGGAUUGCUCCUGGGUUCCAGGUGCUCCAUAUCAACUUGGUGACUGUAGAUAACAGGUUGGAUAAUUUGCAGUUGGUUCCAUUAGGCUGGAAGUCAAAAGCUGAAGAGGUUUCCAGUAAGCAGAGAGAACAGAGCCUGUACUGGUUAGCAAUUCAGCAGCUCCCCACAGAUCCCAUUGAGGAACAGUUUCCUGUGAAGAAUGUCACACGCUAUUACAAUGCUAAUGGAGAUGUAGUUGAGGAGGAGGAAAAUUCAUGCUCGUAUUAUGAAUGUCAUUACCCGCCAUGCACAAUGAUAGAGAAACAGCUUCGAGAAUUCAAUAUAUGUGGUCGAUGUCAGGUAGCACGGUAUUGUGGGUCCCAGUGUCAGCAGAAGGACUGGCCUGCACACAAGAAGCAUUGCAGAGAGAAGAAACGCAGUUUUUUCAUAGACAUUGAACCAGAACGAUGACCAGGAAAAGACAUUUAUGGCAGCACGGUUCCUUCAUUUGCAGGAAUUUUGUUUUCGGGUUUUCUUUUUUUUUUUUUUUCCCCUUUUGAUUUUCCUUUUUGCACAAUGACUGAAAAGACUGGCAAGAAAGCCUAAGCACUGAAAAGUUGCCUCUAUGCUUGAGUGAAUUCCCACAUCCUGAAGUCCAGUGGUAUUUCUAGGUUCUCAAGCAGAAGGACUACUGAGGUGGCUUCAGACUGAAGCGCCUAACUAUUUAUAUAUGUUAAUAUAUUUGUAAUCUUAUGUACAGUUUUUUUUAUGUUAUAGGAAACUAUGAACAGAGUGCAUUGAUGUAAUAUUCCAGGAAAACGAUUUAUGUAAAUAAAUGUGUGAAUGUGCAGCAAAACUUGAUUUUUUUUUUGGUUUUCCGUUCAGUAUGUGUGCAGAACAGCGAGUUGAGCUGUUUUACCUACUUCGUAAUUGUUGGUGAUAAUUGCACUUUUUAUAAUAUAUAUGUGCCAUAUUUCUGUGAUGCUGUUUUUUGUAUGGAACUUUUCUGUUUAUUAAAAUCUGUUUUCUUAAGCAGUGGUGCAUAAUAGGCAUGGCUAACCUAGAGUGCAUGUUCCCAUAUUGGUAACAAAAUGGACUAUCAGAAUUCUGUCCUUCACUGAGAGCAGUGAAUUUGUGUAGUCCUGCUGAAUGGCAAAUGUGUCAUUAAAAGAGAGAGUGCUUGUGAAAUGGUUGGUAUGCUCUGUUAGAGAGGAUGGUGAAAUGACCACUUGGGGUGGCAAGGAGAGGUUGCUGGCAUCUGUUAACUCAGAAAAGUUUCUUUUGAAGUGUUUUAUAGGUUGUAGGCUACUUUCAGUGACAAUGAAGUAAUUUUCUCUGUCUUUUUAUUAGGUUAAAGAUUAACUGUAAUGUUAAAAAUGAUCUGACAUUAAUGAGCUUAUCCAAACAAGUCCUGUUUUCAUGUGCUAGUUUAAUUUGCAUAUUUUUUACUUAAUUUGUGUUCGAAAUAUUCAUGGGCUUUGUUGUACAGUAAGCAUUAAAAAUGAAUUAUGCUAGCGUA